UGAGGAGGCUGUUUCCGCCCCUAAAGUCUUUGUGCUAUAUAAAUUUGUAUACUUCAGGCUAGAAAAAUUAAGUCUUUUGUUUAUUGUCAUGAGAUAGUUACAUCGUUGUAACAUGUUCUUUGACAUGUCCUGUAUAUACAAUAAUUCCUAGAAGUGAUUGUAUAUUUAUGUACAUCUUUUGUAUAACUCUUUUUAAUGAGACGACUACGAUUUGAAAGAAAAUUAAUGUAAUGUCUACUGAUCAUACUCAUGGCUUUACGUAUGAUGUCAGCAAUAGUGCCAAGCACACAUAAUGUGAUUGAUUCUAAUCAAAGUUAUGACCAUGCAGCAGAACGACAAAAACUAUUAGAAAAUUUAUUAGCUGCUGCAAAGAAAUGUCAUAUUAGAUUUGGUGGGCAUACCGAAUUAGCAACUGAAUCGGAUAUAUGUGUUACACAGCUCUGUUACAUAUUUGAAUCAAUCUUUAGUCAUGGAUUACGUACAAACUGUAUUGAAAAAAUCAAUUCAGCUUUAAGGCAUGUUUCAGACAUAGUGUCUGGUAGUAGUACAAAAUCAUGCAAUACAUCAGAUGUAGCAUUUUGGCCAUGUAUAAAGGAACAAUUAACAUGGCAUGAACAAGAGCGUUUUAGUGUAUUGAAAAAAGUUCAUACAGAUUAUGGUAGAGGUAGAGCAUGGCUCAGAGCUGUUUUAAAUGAACGUUCUUUAGAACGUCAUUUGCAUGCUAUACUUGAUCCUUCAAUAUUGUGUUCAUUUUAUGAAGAUUGGGCAUUUUUACUUGACCAAGAACGAAGUGCUGUAUUACCAAAUGUAGCAGCAGGACUUGGCAGUAUUUUAUUUGCAAUUAGGAUAGAUAAUGAAGAGUUGGAUAAUAAUUUAAAAAAUAAAGAAAUGGAGAGACAAAAAGUUUCACUAUCUGAACCAAUUAUAUCAUCUUCAAUACCAGAACCUACUUCAAAACGAAGGAAAAAGGUGCCAACCCAUAUAAUUUCUUUCGAUAAUGAAAAUGAUGAACAAGAAGGUAUUGAAGCUUCCAUCUCAGUUAGUGCACCUCCAACUUGUCUUAAUUCUCCUACAGUAAUAUCAACAAAAACCUCUACAUCACCCAGUUCAUCAAUUUCUCAAUUUCAAACAGACACAAAUGUCGUUACUACAAUGGCUAAUAAAGGAACUUCUGAUUGGGAAAGCAGUGAAACUUUUGAGGAAGACAAAGUAUUAACACCAGUUACAAAUACUGGUAAUAUGGGUGGACUUGUUCCUGUAUCACCUUUAGAUCAAACAUUAGAUGACAUGUUAAUAGCAUUACCAAACUACUUGGAUGAUUCGUCCGAAGUUGCAGAACCUGCAGUAGAAGCUACUGAACCCCUAACAGAUUUAGAUAUUCAUACAGAUCCUGACAAUUUGGAUAUCGAGACGUUACGAGUAAGACUCUUGGCAAUGACGGAACUAUUAGAACAAGCUAAAGAAGAUGCUAUAACUAGUAGAUCACAACUUGCUCGUUUACAAAGGCAACAUCAAAAUUAUCUUGAAAGACAUGAAUUACAAAUACAAGCAUUAAAUAGAGAAAAUGAACUACUGAGGCAACAAUUACGUAAGUAUGUAACAGCAGUACAAAUGUUGAGGAGAGAUUCAGAUUCUACUACAGUUUCCGAAGAAGAUCCGUCAUUAGAUUAUCAUUAUGAAGCUCAACAAUAUGAAGAGAAACUAAUUCAAGUUGCUGACAUGCAUGCAGAGUUGAUGGAAUUUAAUGCUAGAUUAACUUUACAAUUAAAUGAUAGAAAUAGAUUAGUUAAGUUGUUACAAGCUGAAUUAGAAUGUCUUCGUGGCCCUAUAAAUGAAGAUGACUUACCAUUGGAACCACCAUGUCUUAUACAUAUAUGGAUUCCAUCUGCGUUUCUUACCGGACAGCCUUCUGAUAUACAUCACGUUUAUCAGAUAUACGUUCGAAUUAGGGAUACCGAAUGGAAUAUAUAUAGACGAUAUGCGCAAUUUCAUACACUUUAUAGAGAAUUAAAGAAAUACGAUACAAUUGUUACUACUUUUGAAUUUCCACCAAAAAAGACAAUAGGAAAUAAGGAUGCUAAAUUUGUAGAAGAACGUCGACAAAAAUUACAACAGUGGUUAAGACGAAUUGUUGGACGAUUGGCACAAUGUUCUCCAGCAUUUGCAUCUAGACCAAGUAGACAAACACUUAUAUCAUUAAUGCCUUUCUUUGGUGAUAACCCUAAUACUGAGGAUUCGAGGAAAAAUAACUCUACAAGAAACACGUUUUCUUCUUCCCCUCAAUACAUGGGUUUAUAAUUAUUAAAGUUUUUAUAGACAAUUUGUACAUACA